AUGUUCGGCAAAAUCUUAGACAAAUUUCACAAAUCCAAGAAUCAAAAAGGCAAAUUAUUGAAAUUCAAAGAGUUCUGUGAACUCGAUAAACCAAUUAAAAAACUAUAUAUUCGUGGUUUAUUCCACAAGCGUCAAGCCGGCGCUAGACAAAUCUCCCAAGAGAUUCGUCAAAAACAAACCAUUGACACCAUUUAUGCUACUGAAUCUUCAUCUUCAACGAUUUAUUCAGAAGCUAACCCUGCUUAUUCCACCAAACUCACCCAACCUACACAAGAACCUUUUUCCGCUAGUAAUGAUAGAAUCGUGUACGAAGAUAAAACUAAAUUGAGAGAAAUAAUCAAUUCGACUUUUAAUACAUUACAAUUCAAAAGCAGGAAGCCCGAAAAAUCUUUCGAGCUAUUAAGAUUCAGAAAAUUUGUACAUGAUCCAAUCAAAGGCACUUGUUAUUACAUUAAUAUCUAUCCUACUACCAAUAGUACUACUACAAAGAAAAAAGCUGCAGAAUUAGUUGCACCAAUUCCCCCACCUCCACCUUCACAACCAACUCCUCCAAUAACAGAAUUUGUGAAGGAUGCUGCUGGUUCAGCUCCUCCACAUCCACCACAACCAUUCAUGAAGAAAUUUGUAUCAGAUGCACUGAUGAGAGACAAGAGUGACACUAAUAUAAGACAUCGGUUUAUGGCCUCGUCAAAUAAAUAUUUGUUGUCCCACCUCGAUCGUUGCUGCGAUGAAAUUGAAAUUAUGAUGGAACAUAAUUCUGAGAAACCUUCGGCAAUAGCAAUUGUGCCAGAUUCACUGGUGAGAGUCAAGAGUGACAGUGAAAUCCAAAAUCUGGUUAAAUACUCUUGGGAAGAAGAUUUAUUGGCUCAUCCUGAACGUUGCUGGGAUGAGCUUGAUCUUAUGUUGGAAAUGUUGCAAGGUGAAGAUCAUUUAUCAAACAAGGUGAACAUGAAACAUCCACCUGAUGAUUUUUCGGGUAGAUGUCUGGAGAGCUCCGACCGAAUUUGCCAAAUUGAAGAAUUGAUGUAUGGACCGAUCACUCCACUCAAUAUCCCGUCUAGAAACAAGCUUUAA